AUGGAGCUCGUCCCCGUCAAGCCAGCGGCCGGAGCUCUCGUCGAGGUGGGCUCCGGGUCCGUGGCCGGCGCGGGCUCUAUCCCGGCGAUGGUGGCGGCGCAGCAGGAGCUGCUGCACGAACAGGUGGACCAGCUCCAGCGCCUCGUCGUCGCUCAGUGCCGCCUCACCGGCGUCAACCCCCUUGCCCAGGAGAUGGCUGCCGGUGCAUUGUCUAUCAAGAUAGGUAAGAGGCCAAGGGAUCUGUUGAAUCCAAAAGCAGUUAAGUACAUGCAGUCACUUUUUGCCUUGAAGGACACUCUUGGCAAAAAAGAAACCCGAGAAAUUAGUUUACUCUGUGGGGUCACUGUUACACAGGUUAGGGAAUUCUUUACAAUUCAAAAAUCGCGAGUGAGGAAAUUUGUUCGUCUGUCUCAAGAAAAAGCGCUGAGAGUAGAAACACCCAAGGAGCAGGACAAUGCAUACUCCGUAAACACUGAGCAGAUACCAUUGGACAUAGAGGCACAAGCUGAAGUUAUCGAACCUCUGAGCACUUUAGAACCAGUGGUCCUACAUAGCUCUUUGCAACCAACAGAUGCCCCUCAGGUCUCUUUGCAAUCAAUGGAGCUCCAACAAAGCGAUCUGCAGCAUAUGGAAGUCUUCCAAAACUCUUUGCAACAAACAGAGGCCCAACAGAACUUUGCAGCUCCUAUGAUGCCAUCUGGAACAAUGGUUAUGCAACCAACUGAUGCUAAGAUUAGCUCAGACUCUGUUCGAAAGGAAAUUAAGCAAGAGGAAGUUCAUCCUGGUGUUGAGUCAGAAGAUAAGAAGUUCUUGGAAAGUAUAUUUGCUCUAAUGCAGAAGGAGGAAACAUUCUCUGGGCAGGUCAAAUUAAUGGAAUGGAUUCUGCAAAUAAAUAAUGUUACAGUUCUUAGUAGGUUCGUAAUGAUGGGUUGUUUGACCAUUAUGUCAACAUGGUUGAGUCAAGCAGCAAUUGAAGAGCAAACAUCGGUUAUCCAUGUUAUUUUCAAGGUGCUGCUCCACCUUCCGUUACAUAAGGCUUUACCAGUCCACAUGUCGGUUGUUCUGCAAACAAUUAAUAGGUUGCGGUUUUAUAGAACACAAGACAUAUCGAGCAGGGCUAGGAACCUCUUAUCCAGAUUGAGCAAAGUGCUUGUAAGGAUUCAGGCAUUGAAGAAACCUCAGAAGGACUUGAUAUGUAAACAAAGGAUAAGUGAAAUUCUCCGUGAUGAGUCUUGGAAUUCUGAAGUUGAUAUUACCGAGGAGAUACUUGCCUUGACUGAUGGUGCUAAUGAGAGCAGAAAGCCUGAGCCCAGAAAAACACCAAUGCUUCUCACUGCUUCUGCUGAUGAGGCAAAUAAAAGGAGUUCUGUGCAGAAAAACUCCAAACAAAAAAGGAAAGUUCAACUUGUGGAACAUCCAAAUAAGAAAGCUGUGGGGAAGAAUGCUAAUUCUGUCAGGAACACAUCCACAAACAAUAGCAGGCCAUUAUCUGCAGAUGAUAUUCAAAAAGCAAAGAUGCGUGCCAUGUUCAUGCAGGAGAAGUAUGGCAAGAUUGACACAAAUAAAGCGAGUGAUAAACCACAAGCAAUGGAUACGCAAAAAACAGCUGGAUUAGUAAAUUCAAAUGCAUCACCUAUGCCCAUAAGCCCCCAUACAUCAGCUGCACGACCUGUUGACCCAAGCCCAUCUACUUCUAAACAAAGCACAGAUUCUUCUCAGCCUGAUAAUACAGAAAUCUCAGGUGGUUUGAAGUUAAACAUAGGUUCCAAAAAUAAUGUUAUAGAGAAGUUGGAUUCCAAGAGAGUUCUUUGGCAAAUACCACCAGCGGUAUGGAUAGACCCCUCAUGGAGUGUAGGAGCUGGUGACAACAGCAAGGAGGUCGAGGUUCAAACACAGAGAAACCGGCGUGAAAAGGAAACCUUUUAUGCAAGUCAGAAGGAUAUCCCAAUGAAUCCAAAGGAUCCAUGGGAUCUGGAAAUGGACUUUGAUGACAGCCUGACCCCAGAAAUUCCAAUUGACCAGGUGCCAGAUGUUGACGCUAUGGAAACGGAUAGUGUUCGCGCAGCACCUAAUGCUGUGGCUCCUGUUAAGGACAAGCAGAUUGAAUCUACAUCAUCAGCAUCAGGUGCAGUUGCUGAUGGUGCAGGUGCUGAUACCGAUUAUGAAUUGCUUACGGUGCUACUCAAGAAUCCGGAGCUUGUUUUUGCAUUAACAUCUAAUAACAAAGGGGAGAACAUGCCUAACGAACAGACCAUUGCACUUCUGGAUACACUGAAGCAGACUGGCCUUAGCCUUUCAGAGCUUGUUAACUGUCUGGGGAAUGGUGCUGGGUUUCCGAAAGAGCCAGAGCCAGAGGCAGAACCUCUUCCUGCUUCGCUUCCAUCACCAACUCCACCAGACCGUACAUCAACGGCUGUCUGGAGACCAGAAAACCCAAUGCAGAUUCAAGCUAACACCCCAUCUCUACCACAGUUGGCUGUCUCUGUAAAUCCGCCAAUUCAACAUGUUUCCCCUGUGAAUAACCAUCCGAAUAGAGCUUUAGUAAAUCAGCAUAACCAGCAAUACGUUUUGUUAUCAGAUCCUGUUGCCACGCCCUUGCAUCAACAAGCAGCGGUGAGCAAAUCAACCCAUGGACUCCAGAGCAUCCCGAACCCUGCUGUAGCACGUUCGUCGUUGCCUGAGCCUAAUGCAUCUUACACAACACUCCCUUGGCAAUCUAGUGCUGCUGACAUCACCCACACUGGACGAAAUGCAGCGGCUGAUCCAUGGGCAGCCCGCACAACUAACUCAUAUAAUACUGCAUCAGCAAACACAGUGCCGUUUGCUAACCAGAAUGCUUACAGUGAUCAAAGCUCGCACAGUGCAUACAGUUCGUAUGGUUCUGCGCCAGUCUUGUCCCAUUCUGUUCUACCAGGGCACGGACAUGACAGAAAUGGUUACAGCCGACCUCAAGUGGCAGAGUACCAAUCGAUGGUGCAGGACAGCCACCGGAGACGCUCAAGGUCACCUGAUCCUGGCAUGGUCCGGGACUAUGGCGGCGUGCAAGGUUAUAAUCAGCAGUCACGAACACAUUGGAGUGCAGGGCGAGGGCAACAGAGCUACAAUCCUGACCCCUCAAGGCAAUGGAGUUCUUCCCAGGCACACCAGGGCUACACACCUGCCGAGUCCUCAAGGCAGUGGAGCACUUCGCACCAGAGCUACGCUCCUGAGCCGUCGAGGCGGUGGAGCUCUGAACGUCAGGGCUACAGUGUUGAGCCCUCGAGGCCUUGGAGUUCCGGCCAGCAGGGCCAGAACCCGGAGGCAUCCAGACAAUGGAACCGGGGAAAGCAAGAUCCUUACUACAUUCCGAGUGAUGGUCGAAGAUCAUACGAUCAGCACCGGAGGAGAUAA